AGCAACCUCCACGUGGUGGGACCUGGUAAUCGAUAUUACUUGCGAUGUAACAUAUAUAUAUAUUCCGUAAUUUCUGUCGUGAAAACAACGCAAGUACUAUCGAGCUAAUGGCUGCCUUUAUUAUGGCUUAUAGAGUAUUAUUUUGUUAUUUAAAAAAAAAAAAGUACAUGUUUCAAUCAGUAAUAUGUUUCACGUAGUACUUUUCAAAUGAUUAAUUGAUUAAUAAUAAUAAUAAUAAUAAUAAUAAUUUUCAAAAUUCUUCUCGAUCCAUUCCUUCCUUCGUUAUAUCGUAUCUCCAGUGAAUUUCGUUAUUUUAUUUUCACAAUUCGAAUAUAUUUUAUUUCUUAUCGAAUAUUUGUUCAUCAAUAAAAGGGAUAUUAAUUAGAAAUGGAUAAUAAAAAUGAAGAAACUAUCGUAUACGUUGCGAUACCAAGGAAAGAAGAGCUCAGUUGCGUUAAUUGUGAAAUUGAUUUUAUUGAAGUACAAAAUUCAUUAGCAAGAUCGAAUUAUCAUUGGCAAAUAUUAAAGUGUCGAAUGGGGAGCAGCAGUCAGUUGUAUAGUCUCUCGUGGGGAGAAUUUAGCUCAUCUUUGGCUUCUGCUGUACAGUUACUUAGAGGACAUGGAGAUUUAGUGGAUGUAACAUUAGCAGCAGGAGGGCGUAGCUUUCCUGCACACAAGAUCGUGCUCUCGGCGGCAAGUCCCUUUUUGCUGGAUUUACUGAAGAGUACACCUUGCCAACAUCCAGUAGUUAUGCUAGCAGGUAUCGGAGCAGAUGAUUUAGAAUCAUUAUUGGAGUUUGUUUAUCGAGGUGAAGUCAGCGUUGAACCAUCUCAAUUACCAUCUCUUCUUCAAGCUGCUCAUUGUUUGUGUAUUCAUGGUUUAACACCCCCAACAAUAUUAACAGAAAGCGGCGAAGAAGUACCUCCAUCUGCAAUACCUGCGGCUAAUGAAGGAUUAUCAAGAGAAACUCUUAGUUCUUACUUCCCUUUAAAGAGGAGGAAAAAGAGAAGAAAGUCCUCCUCAUCUUCAGGAAAGUGGGCACGCGGAAACAUGACUAAUGACAGUGAAAACAGGCAUUUAAAUACACACGCAGAUGAUCAUGGAACAACAGAUUAUGAUCCAAAGGAUAUCGAUGCUCAUCAUGGUGAUGACACAGCAAGCGAUCAGUUGGGAUAUACGAAUCAUCAGGGUAGCCAUUCACCUCCUUCCAAAGAGGCAAAACCAGUAACUACAGAAAAUUCUCAAGCAGGAGCUCAUCAGGAACAUACGUCAGAUAGUGAACAACACUUACAGACACUGACGCCGAUACAACCAUAUUCACCACUGCAUAUACCUCAGUUUCCUGGUUCAAUGAAUAUGGGCUACCCACAAGGAGUACCGCUCCCACUCACGCAGGGAUCGGCAGCUGGAACACCUACGUGUGCUCUAUCAGGAAGUUUAAAAGUUCGUGGUGCUUCAGAUUGUCCAGGCAUUUGUCCACUUUGUGGUGCUACGUUACGUCAAGCAAGAAAUUUGCGCAGGCAUCUUUUAUCGUCUUGCAAGUGUCGAUUUAGUAGUCAUCCCUUACAAGGUUCAUUGUCCGAUUCAAUGAUGAUUGAAGUUAAACCAGAAGUCGAGGUAACGGAAUACAGUGAGCAAUCAGCCAAUCAUGGGACUGACAGUGGAAAUAGUGAACGAAUAAUUUGUAAACCCAGUCCACUUCCUUCGCCCGUCUCGCGCGAAUCAAAUGUUGUCUCUCCCCGCAGCAACGCACCAUCGCCAACUAUAGCCAGAUGAAAAUAUCGGAAAAAGUUGAAAGACAGGACUUAGCACUAGUGGUGUUAUUGCUCGAAUCAGUUCAACUAACUGCUUCAUUUGAAAGAACAUCACGCGUUUCGAUUAAUUUUUUUCCCACCUAAUAAGCCGACGAAGUCUUGAUUUUCUCAUUUAUUUAGCAGCUCGUUCACGUACUUAUUCAAUAUAAGUUUUAUAUUUUAUACAACUUUAUAAUAAUAUAAUUAAUAAUACAUUGCGAUUUCUUUAAAUCAUCCAAUGACAAGAGAUUAUUAUAAUGUUUAUGUUAUGUUUAUAUAUAUAUUUCUCGUAUUCAUUUCUUCUUUUCAGUUAUAUGUUCCUUUGGAUAAACCUAAAUUAUGUUAUGCGCGGCCUGAGAUAUUUAUAAUUCAUUUCAUCUCAUAUAGAAUCUUCCACGAUAGUAAGUAAGAGCAGUAUCCUAGGGUUAAUGGGAGUAGCAGUCGGUAAAAUUUGUAGUCAUAGUGCAAGGGAUGGGGUAUGUAUAGUAAAAUGUGCUCCGAAUUUUUAACAUCUUAAAAAUACAUAAUUCAUUUUCACAAAACUUGCAUAUAAAU